AUGGGCUCGAAACGGGCGAAGGAGGGGGUAAAGAAAGCUGAAAAGCCGAAUUUUGACGAAGCCGCUCUCGCUCGUUUGACGAGCAAAAUCGACAAGUCUCUUGCAGAUUCCGAGAAACCAAGUGCUCCAAAGCAGGACCCUGCGAAACGAAAGCGACGUCGCGACAAUGACGAUGGGCCUGAAUCUAAGCGGCGGCAAACCCGUCCUACAGAGCCCAAGCCACAGCGUGCCCGGGGCGAAGGGCGGAAGAACAAGGAGCCCAGUCUUCUUGAGGAAAUUCUAGCUCUUGGAGGGGAUGAAGCUGACUUGGAACUGGUCGCCAAUGUCGAUUCUGGCAACGAAGAUGGUGACGCGCCCCAGUCAAAGGGAUCAACAACAGAAACCAUUGUGGAUAAGGCACUGCGAGAUGAACUCGCUCAAUUCGCAUCCAGUCUAGGCUUCCACAAGUUGCGCGAACAACAAGACGAUUCGGAUACCGACCACUCCGAUGGAACUGAGGAUGCGCACAGCAACAGGUCUGAGGAUGACGGCGAGGAGGACGAGGAAAGACAUCAGGUUGCCCCACCCCCGCAGGAAACCAAACGGGGGAAACAGUCAGGGAAGUUGUUCGUUGAGCCUCGCUCUGACUGGCACGCUAUCGCCCUGCCUCGGCUAUCGACACAAAUCCCGGACAACCUCAAGCACCAUCCUACGACCAUCGCUAACCUGAAGUCGUACGCCGAGACGCUUCUGGAAGAAGACUCGGCGAACUAUGCCGCAACCCAGGCUUCCAGCUCGUCGCAAAAGUUUAUGUCGACCAUUAUGUCGUCUGGAACCCUUUCGGACAAGAUCUCCGCUCUGACGCUGUCGGUCCAGGAGUCGCCGCUCCAUAAUCGCAAGGCUUUUGAAAGCCUCAUUACCUUGGCUGGGAAAAAGAGCCGCGGUCAGGCAAUUGCCGCCCUGGGAGCUCUCGUCGAUCUUUUGGGGAAUGGGAAUUUGCUUCCCGACGACCGCCGUCUUCGACCCUUCAACAGCCAGCCCGCCUUGCUCGGAGCUCUCGCCGGGCAAAAGCAUUCACCUUGGGCUCAGGGGCAAAAGCUCCCUGGUAACUUGACCCAAACGCAUUUGAUGGUCUGGGCAUAUGAGGACUGGCUCAAAGGCGCCUAUUUUCGCAUUAUCCAACUGCUUGAGCUCUGGUGCUCGGAUGAAAUUGAGUAUUCUAGGUCACGAGCUCUCGACUUCGUGUAUGGGUUGCUUAAGAGCAAACCAGAACAGGAAGCCAAUCUGUUGCGGCUGCUAGUCAACAAGCUCGGCGACCGUGAACGAAAGAUCUCUUCGAGGGCUUCUUACCUCCUAUUACAGCUGCUCAACGUCCACCCAGGGAUGAAGGCCGUUGUCAUUGGCACUAUAGAACAGGAGGUUCUCUUGAAGCCUGGCCAAAGUCUGCGUACGAGGUACUCGGCUAUCAACACAUUGAAUCAAACAAUUCUGAGCACCAAGGAACCGGCUAUUGCGGACACGUUGCUUCGGAUAUACUUUGAAGCCUUUCUUUCUCUGUUGAAAAGUGGCUCGCUGGGAGACAUUGAGAUUUUGGAUGGUGAAGGGAAACAACGGACCCCUCAAAAGAAGCAAAGAAAACGGGGGGGAUCUAGCGUACCGGCUCCUGGGAAAGAGCAGGGAACGGCCCAGAAACUUGUGUCGGCUCUUCUGACGGGCGUCAACCGGGCUAUACCGUUUGCCACGGCCGACGACUCGACGCUGGAGAGACACCUGGACAUUCUCUUCAAGAUCACUCAUUCCUCCAAUUUCAACACCAGCGUGCAGGCAUUAAUGCUCAUACAGCAGCUAGCCACGUCGAAGCAGCUUGCUGUUGACAGGUUCUACCGGACUCUCUACGAAUCCCUUCUGGACCCAAGGCUCAUUACGUCGUCCAAACACGCCUUGUACCUCAACCUGCUCUACCGGGCCAUGAAGAAUGAUGUCGAUGUCCGUCGGGUCAAAGCAUUUGUCAAGAGACUGAUCCAAGUGCUGAGCCUGCACCAGCCACCAUUCGCUUGCGGCGUCCUCUUCCUGAUUGCCGAGUUGCAAACCACGUUCCCGGACCUCCGUACACUGCUAGACGAACCCGAAGACGACGAUGAUCUUGAUGAGGAGGUGUACAAGGAUGCUCGGGAGGAUGAGUCCGAGGUUGACGAAACCUCCCAGGUUUCGGUGAUGGCGGGCAGGAGAAAAGCCGCGUCGUACGACGGCAGGAAACGGAACCCCGAGCACAGCAACGCGCAUCGCAGUUGUCUCUGGGAACUGGUGCCGUUUCUUUCGCACUACCAUCCCUCGGUGGGCGUGUUUGCGCUGAACCUGCUGGCCAGGCAGAAAGCGCUGCCGAAACCGGAUUUGGCUAACCAUACUUUGAUGCACUUCCUGGACAAGUUUGUCUACCGCAAUCCCAAGGUCGAGGAGUCCAAGCGGGGCGGCUCCAUCAUGCAGCCGAUCCAUGCUUCCGGUAGUUCGUCCCACAUUGUGACAUCUAACAAAGCCGGGGCGCGACAGCAGGGGAUUGUCAACUCGUCCGCCUUCUGGAACCUAAAGCCCGACCAAGUCUCGGCGGAGGAUGUCUUCUUCCACGAGUACUUUGCUCGCAUCGGCAAGGCAGGGGAAGCUGCGCGCGCCCGGAAACCAACCGAGGAGCAGGCUGAGUCGGGUGAUGAAGCAGGCGAAGAUGAAAUCUGGGAGGCAUUGGUCAAAUCACAACCAGAGCUCGAGGAGGCGGAUGCCGGCGAGGAGUCUGAUAUGGAUCUGGAUGGUUACGACUACUCGGACAACGACAUGGACGUCGACGGCCCUGCGCUUGACGAGGACAUGUCAGACAUUGAAUCCGAGGUGUCUGGGGAUGACACUGGCUUUGAAGGCAUCUUUGACGAGUCCGAGGAGAGUGUCGAAGGCAGCUCGAGCGAGGAUGAGGGUCGUCGUGAUACCGGAAAGGAGCUGUCCGCCAAGGAGCGCCGUAAGGGCAGGCUCAGCAGGAAGGAGAUCAAGAGCCUUCCAACAUUUGCAUCGGCCGAUGACUACGCUGAGAUGUUGGCAGCAGAGCCCGAUGAUUUGGAUGGCUAG